CAGCAUCCCUGGCAGAGAAUCAGUCCUCUGAGAUACAAUUGUGGUACCUUUUUGCAAGCUGCAUCCCUGCUAACCACUGCUUUUUUUCCUCCCUCUGUCCCUGCCCUUCUUUUCAAGGCAAACUUUUGGCAAAGGCAGCACUGUCAUCCUCUGCUCCGUUGAGUUUCUCUUUUAUUUAUUUACAUUUUUUCUCCCCUUUUUGUGCAAAUGCCUUUCAAUCAAGGAAGCCAUUAAAAGAAAAGAAGCAGCAGCAACAGAGAGGGAAGAGAGGAUCGGGACAGAGUAAAUAUGCAAAGUGAGCACUUUACAAACCAGACUCCUUGCCUUGCCUCCUAGGGCUGCCUAAAAGCCGCCACCACCGUUACAUAGGGAAGAAUCACGGACCGGAGUCUGGAAUAGAAAUUGAAGAAAAAAAAGCACACUGAAAAGAAGGCAAAACACACACAUAAAAAAGAGGAGGAGAAGAAAAAAAUCUGGGGGUCUUGACUGAAGCUGAGAUGAAGCAACCGCCAAGCAAGCUGAUGAGUCUCUUCCUUCUCAUCUUGAUGGGCACCGAACUCACCCAAGUUUUGCCAACCAACCCAGAAGAGAGCUGGCAAGUGUACAGCUCUGCCCAGGACAGCGAAGGGCGGUGUAUAUGCACAGUGGUGGCACCUCAACAGACAAUGUGCUCACGGGAUGCCAGGACAAAACAGCUCAGGCAGCUAUUAGAAAAGGUGCAAAACAUGUCUCAGUCAAUAGAAGUAUUGGACAGGCGGACCCAGCGGGACCUGCAAUACGUAGAGAGAAUGGAAAACCAAAUGAAGGGCCUGGAAUCUAAGUUCAAACAAGUGGAAGAAACACAUAAGCAACACCAAGCCAGGCAGUUUAAGGCAAUAAAAGCGAAAAUGGAGGAGCUUAGGCCUCUGAUACCAGUGUUGGAAGAGUACAAAGCCGAUGCCAAAUUGGUAUUGCAGUUUAAAGAGGAGAUCCAGAAUCUGACGUCAGUUCUAAACGAGCUACAGGAGGAGAUUGGCGCCUAUGACUACGAGGAACUGCAGAGCAGAGUGUCAAAUCUUGAAGAAAGGCUCCGUGCAUGCAUGCAAAAAUUAGCAUGCGGCAAGCUCACAGGAAUCAGCGAACCUGUCACAAUAAAGACAUCUGGAUCCAGGUUUGGCUCUUGGAUGACAGAUCCUCUUGCUCCAGAAGGAGACAACAGAGUUUGGUAUAUGGAUGGCUACCACAACAACAGAUUCGUUCGGGAGUACAAAUCCAUGGAAGAUUUCAUGAAUACCGACAACUUUACCUCUCACCGCCUCCCGCAUCCAUGGUCUGGGACCGGGCAGGUGGUCUACAAUGGUUCCAUAUAUUUCAACAAAUUCCAAAGCCACAUCAUCAUCAGGUUUGACUUGAAAUCAGAGACAAUACUGAAGACCCGUAGCUUGGAUUCGGCUGGCUACACCAACGUUUAUCACUAUGCUUGGGGAGGACAGUCGGACAUUGACCUCAUGGUGGAUGAAAAUGGAUUGUGGGUUGUUUAUGCCACAAAUCAAAAUGCUGGUAACAUAGUCAUCAGCAAGCUGGAUCCUAAUACACUGCAAAUCCUCAAAACAUGGAACACAGGUUAUCCUAAGAGGAGUGCUGGUGAGGCCUUUAUGAUUUGUGGGACUCUCUAUGUCACCAAUGGUUAUUCAGGUGGCACCAAAGUACACUAUGCUUAUCAAACCAACACAUCCAACUAUGAAUAUAUUGACAUUCCUUUCCACAACCUCUACUCACACAUCUCCAUGUUGGACUACAACCCCAAGGACAGGGCCUUGUAUGCUUGGAACAACGGGCACCAAAUUCUCUACAAUGUCACCCUCUUUCAUGUCAUUCGAUCCGAUGAAUUGUAGCCUGGCCAUUUACCUAAGAACUGACUGAUUGGGAUGAGAGCAAAAAUAAUAGAGAAAUGGCUGCCAAAAUCAAAAAGCUGUCUUUGUCAAGGAGCAGACAUGACUUGAAUCCCAUGUGCCCUCUUAGGACUGUACAUAAGGACAAUAGGGACAUUAUUCUUAAGGAAGACCUUACAAAGACAUUACAGCUGCACUUAAGUAACAAAAAUAAUGAAAAAGCUAAUACAAAGGACACUAAAAAAAACAUAAAAACAAGGCAGUGACUGUUGCUUAUAAUCCGUUACGGACAAUAGCCUUUGCUCAUAGGGUCUUAACAGUUAGGACGCUAUGGCUGACAGGGUUUAUGUAACUAAAUAAGAGCAAAUAAUCCACCCAGCUCACCCAGAGAGGAAACCUAAAUUCGUUUGGUGAUCUUAAGUGUUGAAGGUUCACCGUUGGCUUUUCUAGAUUAAAUUGUGAACAAAGGCCAUCCUAAGUCUUGUUCCUGCCAGACUGAUUGUCCUUGUGAUCUCCUAAACAUGAUGGUUUCCAGUGCGUAUUCUAUAAGAAGUAGUCGUCCAUAUUGUUUAAACUUAAAUGUAUUCAAGAAAAAAUAUCAUGUAUAACGUCUGUUGUAACCAGAAGUAUUCAAUUGUAUGUGUCUGUUCACUCAAUGAAUGUCGUUCAGUUUGAAGUAGUUGGGAAUUUACUAAGAACAAAAUACUUUUAUUGUAAAACAUAAAAUCCAAUAAAAAGGUUUUUAAAAAAAAUAUUUAUUACAUAAAUAAUAUAUACAUAUAAAUAUAGGAAGCAGUGUUUGGCACAGGCCAUGACAAUACGCAAGUGACACGGUGGGAAAUAGAGAGAAAUAUUCCGGUAACUUCUUAGUAAUGCAAAUUUAUAACUAAAAUAUAUCUAUAUAGCUUUCUGUGGAAUCUGUGUAGCAUUCAUUCUUAUCCCCUGCGGCUAAAAAAAAGAAAAAGAAUCAAUGAAUGAAGAAUUCAGUUUUUUUUACAUUUCAAGCAAUGGGGGGGGAUAACAAUAGAAAUUUGUUCAAUCCACAGCAAAUAAGGCAAAUAAAGAGAGAAAACUAGAAAA